AUGCAAAUUGCCUUUGGGCUUUCAGCGUUUCUGUUUUACUUAUUUAUUGUGACACUUCACGCUGAAGAUACUAGAAAUGAAACGACAACGGAAUUGGCUUUAACUACUAGUAAAAAAUCAACAACGAGUUUGGUUCAUAUUCGAGCAAAACGACAAUUCUUUGGGGGUGGUUUCGGCGGUGGUUUUGGUGGAGGUUGUGGCUGUAUGAUGUUAGCUGUGUGCCCGUGUUCAAUGCCUAUGAUUCCACCACCGAUUAUAAUGAUGUCCCCGCUGAUGAUGGGUGGUGGCUGUUGUGGAUCGUGUCUUCCGGUGUGCAUGCCUGUUUGUAUGAGAAUGGGUUGCGGAGGAUUCGGAGGAUUUGGAUACGGUCGAAAGAAACGAGAAGCGCUCAUUGCGAGGAAUGCGCCUGUGUUGAAGCUUUCGGCUGUGCCCGUUAAGAAACGCUCUCUCAAAAUACUUGAUGGAACUCGAACGAUGGCC